AAGUAAAAAUCCAUGUGAUGGAGAUGUUCCUCAGCUUGCGUGCAACCUCUAGCUAUGACGUCGUACGUGGGUAACGUGACCAAUUUCGCAACACAAACCCCUUAAAUACAGCCCCUCAUCUGGAAACAGUUACAGAGGACAGGGAAUUGCUACAGUUAAUUACCCGCUUCUUUGGCCGAGAGGGGGUCAAAGAUAGGCUACAUACAUAUUAUCUAAAUAUUUUCUUUCAAAGGAAAAAAUAGGCUAAGUCUUACAACAAACGUGUUAAAAUUAAAUAAGAUCUUGAAAAUGGAGUAUCAAAAGGUUACAGAGACGAGCGGCAUUUGCAACGGCAAGUUAUUAUCAGAAUUCAACUGCAGGAGCGGUUUCUCAGAGCUGUCUAUCGACACCAAGAAAACACCUGUUCAACGCACCAAUGAGACAUCCCGCAAAGAGGAGGAGGACGAGUGUCGUUUGCCCAUCUUGGAGGCGGCUUACACCACUAUCCUCCAGGGUUUGGGAGAGAACACGGAACGGCAGGGUCUUUUACGCACGCCACUUCGUGCUGCCAAAGCCAUGCAGUUCAUGACAAAGGGAUACCACGAAAAUAUCUACGAUAUUCUUAAUGAUGCCAUCUUUGACGAGGACCACGAGGAGAUGGUGAUUGUGAAAGACAUUGACAUGUUUUCUCUCUGUGAGCAUCAUUUGGUACCCUUCUUCGGAAAGGUACACAUCGGAUAUCUGCCAAACAAGAAAGUGGUCGGACUGAGCAAGCUUGCAAGGAUUGUUGAGAUCUACAGCCGCAGACUUCAAGUUCAGGAGCGACUGACUAAACAAAUAGCCACAGCGAUCUCGGAGGCCCUGCAACCGGCUGGCGUGGCAGUAAUCAUUGAAGCAGCGCACAUGUGUAUGGUCAUGAGAGGGGUACAGAAGAUGAACAGCCGGACCGUCACCAGUGCCAUGUUGGGGGUAUUCAGAGAAGACCCCAAGACACGAGAAGAGUUCUUGUCCUUAACAAGGAGUGCAUGAACCAACACAUUGCACGCACAUGCACACACACACGUACAAACACACACAUGGGUACCAGCAGAGUCUUGGAAAAAAAGGGGUUCCUUACAAGUCAGAGGUCACUCACUUUCUGCAAAGACAAAAGAUCAGGAAAAAACAGGUGUGACUGUGCAGCCAUAUUAUGAAGUGUGUCAGUAUUUCUGUGUCCGUAAGGUCCUUGGUAAGAUUUUCAGCAAAAGGACGGUGGUGUAACAAUUUUCAGGGAGAUUGUGAUACUUUUUUUUUUUAAAGCAGCCAUGAAACCCCUCGACACAGUGAUCCCAAGGCUGUUACCCAAUUCAUUUCCCAGAUCCUAAUGCGGUUGCUGCUAAGAGUCUUCCUGAAAAAAAAAACACAACAAAAAAAACAAACGUACGGGUGCUCAGUGACGUGACAAUGCACUUAUGUAAGACCUGUUGUACUCUUAGGUGUGAAUGGGAUAAAGCCAAGCCAAACGUGUACAUACCAGCAAGAUUUCACUCAUACAAAGCCUAAAAGCCUUAUCAGCUGUUUCCCCCACCCCCUACUGUUUGGUGGCGAUUUGUUUAUAGUACUGGUUUGGUUCAAUACAUUCUUUACAUGUUUUCAUCAUUCAAUGAAAUUAAGUUUUCUAAAAAAUUACAGUGUCAGUCAUUAUCCCUAUUCAAACCCUCGAUCGACAUCCCUAUUUCCCUCAUUCAAGCAGUGCCUUCUGUAAAUCAGUUUAUUGCAUCAUACUUUGGACAGGCACAUUGUGUUAUUUAUAUAUUGUAAUUAAAAUAUAUUUA